AUGCCUCCAAAAGCCAACCCCUCUGAGAAGAGCGACGACGAAAAACUGCUCAUUGCCGUUCUCAGUCUUUGGGAUCCUCUUCCGCCUGUCGACAACAGCAAACUAGGCGCACUUCUGGGAAUCAAGCCCGGAACUGCUGCUGUGCGCUGGCAUCGAUACAAAGCAAAACUGCUCAAGCACGGCGAGAACAACAAAGCCGGUGAUGAUGUAAAAGUUGAACAGACAAAAGCAGCACUUGGCAAUUUAGCUGGAGACAAAACAUAUGUUGAUGAUGUGGAUGUUGGACAGGCAGCUGCGGUAUUAGAUGACAAAAAGAGGGGCAAAAAUGGAGGACGGAAGCGUGCAGCCGCGACGGAGGGACCGAACGAGCCACCUACUCAACGCAAGAAAAUCGAUAAGUCGAUCGGCAUCUCUUUGAAUGCGUCUACUUCGAAACCGGGAUCUGGCAAAGGCAGGAAGACAAACAAAGACAAGAAGCCAUUGGAAGAGCUGGGUGCGAUUGAGCAGGAAAAUGGCCAGUUCGAGUUUGAUAUGCGAUGGCUGGAGACUGGGGAUGGUGGGAACAUGCUGGAUGAGUUGUUGUCAGGAGAAGAGGCUUGA